UUUGUGUGUUGCUGAAAUUGUUAAAAUUUACAUUUAUUUUUUAACUUGCAAGUAGCGUACGCUUUUUGUGCUUUAUUCAGCUCCCAUUUUGAUUUUAACUUUUUAUUAUCGCCGGACAAUAUAAUGUGUAUACAUAUUCAGAAACUGUCAAAGCUGUAUCUAUCUCAUGGGAGCUGCCUUCGAUUCGCCAACACGAAACGAACGAAAUUAAUGAGGUACAACCAAACUCGCCGACGUUCAUCGCUGCAAGCUAACUUUGUUAUUACUUUUAGAACUGGCGAAUCGGAAGCGGCUUAUUUUGGCUUAGUCUUCAAUACCAACCAAGCUAAUCGGCACACCCUGGAACAAAGAUUUACAACUGUGACAAAUAUGGAGGGUGGUCUAGUUUGGAAAAUACUUGGCGGCAAGUUGCAGAGUUCCGGAACUAUUUGGAUGAAAUCGGAAAAAUGCAUUCUGAUGGCAUCAAUUUAGUGGGAUACUCUCAAGGAGGACUAAUAGCCCGAGCUGCUAUUCAAACGCUUCCUUUUCACAACGUUAAAACUUUCAUUUCACUAUCAUCACCACAAGCUGGUCAAUUCGGAGCGAGUUUUUUGCGUCUGAUAUUUCCCGAUUUGGCUGCUAAUAAUGCGUACGAACUUUUCUAUUCCAAUGUGGGGCAGCACAUAUCAAUAGCAAAUUACUGGAACGAUCCUGUAGAGCAAGACUUGUAUUUUAAAUUUAGUAAAUUCUUGCCAAUUAUAAACAAUGAAGUUAAGACAUUGAAUUCUACGCAGUACAAAAAUGCUCUACUUCGCUUAAAUAAAAUGAUUUUAGUUGGCGGCCCAAAUGACGGCGUAAUUACUCCGUGGGAAUCAAGCCACUUUGGGUUUUUUAACCAAACCUUGAAUACAGUACCUCUACACAAACGGCAAAUUUAUAUGGCUGAUACCAUUGGUUUGAAAACUCUCGAAACAAAUGGCAAAUUAAUAAUUGUAAUCAAGCCAUUUGUCCAUCAUCUUACAUGGCAUACAAAUCAACGAGUUAUACGGGAAGUGAUUCUUCCAUAUUUAGAUUAAAAUACAUAUGUUUAGUAACACUGCAUCGGACUAGUCCUGUAUGCUGGGCUAUGCUGUAUGUUGUUUCUAGAUUUUUCCUGUUAUAUACGAGAUGGACGCGGGAUUAAAUAUUCAAUGCCGAUCCCGAAAAUAAAUUUCUUAUUCUGUU